AACAAGACACUUUUAACUUAAAUUACAUUUGAUUGAUGCUUUGAUCAUACAAGUUAUUUUAUCUCUGUUGGAAGCAGUCGUAUACGCUGUAAAUAGUGAAUUAAUAAUAAAUUAGACUAAUAAAACAAACAGGCUUUCUGCAGAUUUGUUCUGAACCUGUCACACACGACUGACGCUCAAAACAAGUCAGCAUUUGGUGCAACGCUCAAGACUCUGACUCAGACAGGACACCUGUGUUUCUCAGGUGACAUGAAGCUCUACUGAGCAUGCUCAGAAGGUGACAAGGUAACCCAAGAUCAACACACCGAACAUGUUGAGGUCUCCGUGGCAACCGGUGGAUGAAGGAAAUUUGAGUUUUAAUGCAGCUGUCAGACCUGCGUGUGUGUCGCACUCACGGAGCAGGAUGGGGACGCGGCAUGCCGAGCGUUCAUCAGCAGGGAGGGAAUUUUUGGGCUUUAAUUAAAAAGGUAAGGACUUUGUAUCUUCUUAAAUGACGACCUGCAAAAAUAACCUGAACACUGAUCUUUAUUGGCUUUGGUAAUGGAGAAGAUGGCUCACAUGCACAAAGAAACUAUUUCUUAUAUUUACAUAUCGUAUUUAUGAGCAGAAACCGCUUGUAUUUUUAGGUCUAGUGCUCUAUUUAGUUAAAAAAAACUGAAAUGUUUCAUGUUUUUUGGCUAUAUUGUCGAUGUCACUGAGAUCAUGUUGGAGCCUCUUUAAAUCUGACAGCUUGUAGCUAGAGUAAACCUAAUCAACAAAAACUAUUUUCAGGCUUUCAGAAAGUGAGCAAAACCUGAACGUUGCAUUUGCUUCUAAUCAAACUGCAGUUUUCAGCAGCUUCCAUCAGAGCGCGAUUUUAAGAACGUUGCAGUUUACGAUACUUGAGUACUUGUUGACGUAAAGAUUAUUAACUGAGCAGGUUCUAGCACUUGUCUAAUUGUUGGAAAUCUUAAUACUUUUAGUAAAGUGAAAAAUAACUAAUCAGCUAAAUAUAAUUUGUUUUUAUUUGAUGAAAGAUAAGAAAUAAAAUACUUUUUGGCUGAAAUAUGUCAUCCAAGCUACCAAAGACCGGUAAUUUUUCACUCUGAUUUCAAAUGUGAAUUCACUUCCUGUUUGAGAUUUGCUGAAAAAGGAAAGAAGACAAAAAAAAAACAGACAACUUUGCCUCCGGUGAGCUUUUGAAGUGCAUUCAGGCAACAUGAAGACAGGAAGUCGAUUUUUAGAUCCCCCAAAAACCCACAAGACUGAAAAACUUAUAGAAAGGUCUGCAUUACAGGAAAUGACAAAAAAAAAAGUGGCAAAGCUGCAGAACAGCCGCCGAGCUCAGCCAAAACCGACUGUAGAUGCCCACAAAUAAAACUCGAACCAGAUAUUUGCAUACAAUUAAACCCCAAAUUAUUCAUACCCUUGGCACAUUUCUAAAGAUUACUUUCAUUCAAACUAAGAAGUUUGUUUCUGAUAGAAAAGAAAAGAUAAAGAUAAGAUAAAACAAUAUGGAAAUAAUUACUCCUUUCUCAAUAACCAAUGGGAAAAUCUUUAGUGCCACUACAGCAAGCAAACCCUUCUUGUAAUUGCUGACCAGCAUUUUGCAUUUUGGACGUUUUCACUGGUAUUUUAAUGUUUUAAACUUUGAUGAUGCGCUCUAGUUAUUUGAGGUUGAAAGGCCUUCUUGACAUCACCCUAAUCUUUAACUCUUUCCACAGAUUCUAGCAGAUUCAGGUUCGGACUCUGGCUCAAAAACUGUGAUAGAGGGUUGCUUCCAGUCAGAAGAAACACAUUAGUCAAAUAAAAGAUUACUCUACAACCUGGAGCUGAAAGGGGUCUGUAGAAAUUGGGGCUUAACUUUAAAAAAAAGAAAAAGAAAAAAAUGGGGUGGUGUGCAGAGGACAAAAAAAAGAUGAUAAUGAUAAAACACAAAUAUAAAAAUUGAAACAAAGAUGUGAAAACAAGAACUGUACAACUCUGCAGCUUGAACCAAAAGUAAGGACCUCAUAAAAAGUCAGCCUACAAAACCUCACAACAAAAUAUUCAAACUUAGAUUAAAAAAAAAAGUUCUAAUGUUCUUUUCAUAAAUAAAAUGUGUCACGAAAAAUUCUGGGAUUUUUUUUUAUGACCUUUUCCUUUUCCAGCUGCUUUCUAGUAAAGGAGACGGGCCUCAAAGAUGUUUUUUUUUCUCUUUGGUUGGAUUAGCGUUAAGCAACAUAAUCGUCUGAUGUAUCAUUUUCUCUGUUUCCCUUUUCGAAACUGUCAUGUUUUGGCAGCUUGCGCUGGAUCAGCAUCAUGCUGAAAGCCUCCUUUUGGCGCCAAACUUUCAGACCAGGCAUCGUCCUGUCAGUUUUUGCACAUUCCCAGCUAAAUCUAAAACUUGUCCCCUCAACAUGUGGUAUUUAUCCUUUUCACAGCUCCUUAAAAAAUAAUCCUGCAUGUGCACAUCAUGGUCAGAGCUAUGCAUUACAGAGUGUUUUUUAUGACUCCCAUCUGAUGCACGUAACUAUAUUUUAGUCCUAUUUUACCAAUUAGACAUACGGUAAUUAACAACAGUUUCCUUCCCCCACCCACCAUAUUAGAAAAUUAUAGAGCUCGUAAACAGCUUUCUGAGUUUCUUUGGUAUUUCCUCUACAUGUGCAGCUGAGGUGCUGACAAGCAGAUGUGGGCCCAGUCCGCGUUUCAGUUUAAUCCUCUAAUUGCUUGUUUACGCUUCCUUAACAUAAAUGGGCAGCAGAUGACCACAAUAGUGUGAUGGGGCCAUUUUCUUGUUCUUUUUUCCCCCCAGUAAACUAAGGUAGAACUUUAAGUAUUUUCUAACUUAAUUUUGCAUGUUCCUAUAAUGACUCUUUUUCCAGGAAUCUGGAUAAACACAUUUGAAAUUUUUCUCUAAUCUACCAGAUUAAAAAAAAAGAAAGAAGUAUGGCAAAAUAAAAAGGCAAGAAUCAAAUUUAAAAUACUUCAGUCCUCAAAGAGUAAUGGAGGGUUAGGUUUACCUGAUUUAAAGGAUUAUUAUUUAGCUGCUCAACUGAGAGCCAUAGCUCUAUGGUUAGCAAAGGAUCAAGAGACAAUAUGGGUAUAUAUGGAGCAAAGAGCCUGCCCAAAUCUGUCCCUAGAGUCACUGCCCUUUACAACAAGGAGGGUUCAAAUCUCAAAAUUCAAAAUUGCUGGAUUAAGGAAACGAUUAACAUUUGGUCAAGAAUAAAAAAUAAAUUUAAUUUUCCUGACUCUAUAUCAAAAAUUGUAAAAAUAGCGAAGAUUCCAGAUUUUACCCCAGCUACUAUGGAUACAGGGUUUGAGAGAUGGACAAAAUGGGGACUGGUAUUUAUAGCACAGCUUUUUAAUGGAUCAAUAAUGAAAUCUUUUGAACAAAUCCAAAGGGUAAUCUACAAAAAACAGAUUUUUACAGAUACUUGCAACUUAGACAUUAUCUCCAGAAUCAUAGUGAAUGGCAAAAAAUCUCAACAGGUAUGACCAAGACUGAAAAUUUUUUAUUAUCGAUAGCAAAAGGUGAAUCAACAAAAGGCAUGAUCUCAAAACUAUACAAAAGCCUGCAAUAUGAAUCCAGUGUUAAUAAUAAGGAAAUGAAGGAGAAGUGGGAACUGGAGGCUAAUAUAAUAAUAACAAAUGAAGAGUGGGAAGAAACAUUUAGAUCUGGACACAAAUUAACUAACAGCCCAACAUGGAGGGAAUUUGACUGGAAGGUUACGAUGCGUUACUUUAACACCUCGGUUAUCUAAUUCUAAUUCACUUCAAUUCAGCUUAGUUCAAUUCAAAAACACUUUAUUUAUCUUAAAAGGGAAAUUAAAUGUAUUGACUCAUAUCAUCCAAGCUCCUUCAAAUAAGUUGUUAAGGACGGUGACGCUCUGGACAGGAAGUGACGCCAGGUAGCAGUCAGUGUCGCGUCAACGCUAAAUAGGCUUCUGACUGCAGACUGUUGCUGUCUUUCUCUCAUAACAGCACAAAAUCGAGGCAGCAGAGAUAAUAUUUCACAGUUACAUGUCCUUGUUGACACUAUCUGUUGCAGGCAAGCACUGCUGAUCCGCGUCGUUUGCUUUGGCUGUUCCUCUUUAAGUCUCUGUUCGGCUGUACGGUCAGAAAGCCGGGCGAAGAGAUGUUGGAGUCUGGGAUGUGUCCCUUAAGCAUUGCGCUUGACGGAAGACAUGGUUUGAAUUUUCUCUUUCUCUCUCUGCUCUUCGGUCCAUGACGCCUCCUUGUUUACUCCUCUGGUGCCUCAGGUAAUAUUUGAGCUUCGAGAUGGUAGUCAGCUGCUCCCAAGUUGUAAAAGCAGCGCACUGUUCCUACACUGUUAUGCAUCAUAACAACUGUCUGAAAGGGGGGAAAAAAGGUAAUAGUAAAAAGUUUUUCCAGUUGCACUGCAUUAAAAACCAGAGGAAAUAAUGAUUCAAACAUGCAAUGCCUCAUCCAAGAAGAAAAUAAAAAUAAAAUUAAGAACAUAAGUCUACAAAAAGAACAAAUUAGAAUUGACGUAGCAGAGCAACUCCCACAUGCUGCCGUCAUGAGCGGCGUGCUUCGAGCAAAAUGAAAAUAAACGUAUCCAUGGAGAAACGACACGUUUUUAACCAUUCACAAGCUUCUUUUGUGAUUCUGAUUUGGAACAUCCAACUGUGUCCAAGUUGUAAUCAUCUGCAUGUUUAAUCUCAUGUGAAGUUUGAGGAUUUGGUAAAAUGUCAUCUUUAUUAUUCUAAUCAUUUGUGCCAAACACCUGUACUACAGGCGUCAAAGCUAAAACCACCACCGUGUUUGACAGCUGGACAUCAUGAUGUUCUUAUUCCUAAUUUUGGUGAAAUUACUCCAUCUUUGUUUCCGUUGGCCUUAAAGCAUUAAAUUCAGAAAGCAUUUCACCUGGAAAUAUCCAUAUACUGAGUUUUAAAGCGUGUAUUUUUCUUACUCACCAUCUCAGUCUAUGUUGAAGUAAAACUUAGUGACCUCACUUUUUAUGGUCACGUUCUCAGUUUACGAUCAAUUUGAUCCUUAGUGGUUGCUAGUUUUUCCUUUUGGUUCAAAAUGUAUGAAUUUUGCUUAAAAGUAAAAUUUUGGCCAAAAACCAACCAAUCUAAAUGAAGACCAAUCAUAGUUUAGUCAAAGAUGAUGCCAUGAUUUUUAACUUGCUCAGUAAUAUUUAAUAUUAAAUGGGUUUAUGUCCAUAUUUGAGACUGAAUGUAUGAUUUUAAAAAUGUGUGGAUGAGAGAAAAUUCUUGUUAAUUUAAAAUUCAAAAACUUUUUAAAAGAUUUAACACUUUUAAAAAAAAUUAAAUCCACUUAAAUAAUCUGUUUCAUCCAUUCACUAUGAAAUCCAUGCCAACGGUGAAUUUGUUAACCUCUGACUGACUCUGAGCCAGUAAAGCUGUUCAGGUUUUUAUCGGAGGAUCAAAUACAUUUCCUGUGGUGCGAAGAUGCAAAGACGUUGCUCUGCGAUAAAAGAAGCCACUUUUUCUUUCUGUGGUUGUUCUGAUGGCCGAUUCUGGUAAGAGUCUGUACUGCGACGUAACACAAACUUGUUUCAUAACAGACGGCUCGAGGAAAUACAGCCCGAUAGCAAAGGUGCUUCAGCAGAAACCCGAUAGGCCUCACUCUGCCCCAGUGUUUGGCUGUCAACCAUCACUCAGCAUCAUGUUUGUCUGCCUAGCAAUAAAACAGAAAGCUUCUCAGACUAUACCCUCCUGCUUGAAUGUUUAAAUGCUUGAUUUGAAUAUUCAAAUCUUAGAAAUGCAUGCACAACUGCAGUAUAACACACACAGAGAGAGUCCAUGAUGUCUGAAAACACAGAAUGUCUGUAUUUUCACACUUUUAUUUCACAAAUAAAAGCCUCAACUACAUCAUCUUCCAUAGUUUAAGCAAAUACUUUGUUGGUUUAAAUCAGCUUUCAUCAUCGGGUUUGUUUUCAAGAUAUUCUGCACUCUUAGUUGUGCAAAGACGUCUUUUUAGCGUUUUCACAAUGUAUUUUCAGAUUAAACACGAUGGUCACAAUAACGAAGCCGCAUCGGAUGACAGCCACGUGGAAGAGAUGCUGCCUUAUCAUCAUGUCGCAUCUCCUGUAGCACACCAUGACCUGUGUUUUGCUGAUGUUCCUGCUGCCAGUCGUCGAAGCCCAGCGUGUUCCAGCGUGUCCCGUUUCUUGUGCGGUCUGCUCUGAGGAUGCAGUCAUCUGUCAAAGGCUUGCUGACAUCAUUGAUGCUGCCAAUUCGACCCAGGCUCUGCUGCUAACUGAGGGCUCCAUCUCUGUGGUCCAGCCGGCCUCGCUGUCUGACCUCAGGAACAUCACAGUUAUAGGUCUGAGUAGCAACCACAUCUCAGAGCUUAGUGAGGACGCCUUCAGAAACCUGCCUUUCCUCCACACUUUGCUGUUGGACCACAACCUCCUGACCAGCCAGGCUCUGCAGGGUGGAGCGCUGAUCAAUCUCAGCCAGCUGGAAGUUCUUGCCCUGGGCCACAAUCACAUCGACAUGAUCCAGGCUGGUUGGUUUACAGGCACAAAGGCUCUGCUCAGCCUGAAGCUGGAGGGAAACCUGGUCACCAGACUGAACCCUGGAUCCUUUCCUCUGAACGACUUCAGGAGUCUGGAGACUCUGGAUCUUUCGGAUAAUUUGAUAGAUUUUCUGGACAGAAACAGCUUCCGAGGUCUGGUUAGCUUGAGGAGCCUGGAUCUCUCCAGAAACCGUCUGAGUUCAGUUCCUCCAGAGGCUUUCUCCUAUCUUGUGUGGCUGUCGAACCUGAACUUGGACCUCAAUUCAUGGAACUGCACGUGCGAGCUGCUGGAGCUGGCUGCCGUCCUGACGAGCUUCAUUCAGGAGCCGGACAAGGCGCUGUAUAAUGGCCGUCGGAUGAUGUGUGUGAGUGCGGACAACCCGGCUGUGACCACGGUGCUGGAGCUGACUGAAGCCAACUGCGUGCCGUCCAAUCAGAACAUCACAGUGCAGAUAGAGGCGAGAGGCAGCGUGGCGCCUCGGCAGUACGCUCGAGACCUGGCCAUAGCUGCAGUCAUCUGCUUCCUAGGAGGAGUCGCUUUGACCCUGCUUGCAGUCUUGAUUUGUUACCACGUCUCUCAACGGAAGAAGAAGAAGAAGAAAGGAAGCCAAAGACCAAAGGAGGAACUGAACAAAGGCAGAACAACUGCUAACCAUGUAGAUCAACUCGGAGAUCGGGAGAGGAUGAGGGAUUUUGUCUUGCAAGCCAACAGCAGUCAACAAUGGAGCAAAGAGUCCAUGACGCUGAAUGAAAGGAUGGAUCACCACAGAGAUACGUUUAAGUCCAGAGCUGAAGAAAAUGGUAGCAAUGUCCAUUGCCCUCAUUGCAACACUAAUGGGAAGAUGCCGGACCAAAUGAGAAAGGGUAAGUGGUUAAACGGAGGACCUGAGGCUGGAGAUGUCCAGGAGAGAAGGAAAUUAAGGAUGAUGGUGGAAGAGGAGAGAAGGAGACAACAAAACUACAGCUGGAAUGUCUCUAACAAAGUUCCUCCACACAUCGCCGACUCAUCUUUUCAUCUGCUGAGAGAAACGUCAGACAAUCUUCCACCCUACAAGGCUGACGGUGACAUGGGCAACCCCAGGACUGAUGAGGAAUCGAAGAGCAGACGUUAUGAGACUUCACACUGCAGGAAUUGCCACAGGACCUUCAGACCUGAGGAGAAUAUGACACACAGGAUGCCUCACUCCAACCAAAUGGACAUCUAUGAUUUCAAUGGCAAGGUAAGGAGGGAGCUGUUUAGAAAGAUGAACACAGAGCUAAAAAGAGAGACAAAAAAUGUAAAGUUUGAUCUGACACGUUCAAGAACUAAUCGAGGCGAGGAAAGUCUGGAGGAGGAGGAGCAGGAGGAGGCAACUUCCAGAGGCAACGAGAAAAGCAGCGACAGGAGACACAAAGUCCAGUCCAGCCGUUUGAUGAAGGUCAAAUUGAACUUAAACCCCUUAAGAAAAAGCAAAGUCCAUCCGAGAAAGAAAAAUGAGCAUGGCCACACCAAGAACACAAGCUCCAAGAGGAGUAAAGAGAAGAGACGGCAUGGAAAAGGCGAAGAGGAGGAAGGAGAAGAGAAAUCUGGUAAGAGAGCUAAGAGUAGCAGAGAGAAGAAGAGAAAGUCCUCCAAAACAGAGAAGGCAGACGAAGGAGAGCAAAAAAGCAGCACAUCUAAAAGAGAUAAAAGUGCAGAAGGUGACCAGAAAAAGAACCCAAACAUCUCCCAGCCGCCUGACGGUGACACUGUCUCUGCACAAGACCUUCAGACUCUCCAGUACCAGAGUGCUGGACUGGCAUUGGGUGGGGCUCAGCUGGCUUUCCAGCAUCCCUUCUCCUUCAGUCCAGCUGACAGGACUCGUUCUACCAACCUUUCCUUGCUAAACUCACCUGGCUCACUGCUAACUGGAAGCACCCUGUCUCUUCAAGCAGGGAAGGCUUUGCUCAACACCAUGUCCUCAGGAUCCAAUCCACUGCUCACCCAUGGUCUUGUUAAUCCCAUUGCUCCUGGUGUAACACUCAGUGGGCUUAACAUAGCUCCAGGUGGUGCCACAGAAAGCUUCGCUAGACUACCUGCAGUAUCGACCAGGUCCUCAAAUCCUCCUCUUCUAGCCAAGACGAUACAAGUCAAUCCUUUACAAGCAGGUGGAAACCCCCCAGCUCCAUUUCUUACCUCAACAUCUGAUGGUUCUGUCCUGAGUUUAGCAAACCCAGCUAAUGAUCCAGUUGCAUUGGGUUACAGCCAGAUGCAGGUUGACAGUUCUGCAUUUGUAGCAGCACCAAAGCUUGAUCUAACUCACAGUCAAGACAUUCAGACCGGAAAGGGACCGAUUCAAUCGACCACUGAGUCACAAGCCCCCUCUACUAAAGACGACCUCCCUGAACAGGAUAAAGACGAGACUUUGGGGGAUACCUCAGAAACUAGAGUGGAGAAAAUGUCUGUCAAUAUGCCACCUGAGGGUGUGGCUCAAACUGAAGGACCUCAGGUAGGCGGAUCAGAAGAACGUCUAAAGGCAGACAGUAUGUCUGUAAUGGAUCAAUCAGCUCCUAGUCUGUCCAUACCAGAUGAAUCCUCCCCAGCUGCUGGAGGGGCGGCUCUCUUGCAGCAGGAGUACCUGUCAGAAGAUGGAGGCUCCUCACCGAGGAGGAAGCUGAGGCUGGUUCUUCCAGAAAAAACAUCAAACCGGCCGCCUACAGCUCUAGAGAGAAAAAUCCUCUAGCAGCUCAGAUCAUUGCUUCCUUUUUAAAUUUGGGUGUGUAAAGAUCUGAGUAAAAAACAGCGAAUGGAGGAAGUGCAGUUGAUAUUGAUGAACUGCCCAAAAAUAUCCAAUUGGUAUUGGUGGGGGCAGGGGAAGAGAAACCAAACCUGUGAUAAAUAUUUUUCGCCUUCCUGGCACUUGUUGAGAAAGUUUGAGAUCCUAAAGUGUAUGUGCUAAACGCAGAAAAUGUUGGCCUUUGAGCGGAAGGGAUAAGACCGAAACCAUUACGGAUGGUUGGCUGGCACGGCUUGUCCAGAGCUGCAGCUGUUGUGUGAUCUACCUGCAGGGUAGGGGUACGUCCAAAACCAACUCGCUGUUUUUUACUACUUCUGUUUCUUCAAAAUGUUUUCCACGGUCAACAAUCAGCAACCUUUGCAUUAAAGAAGAGGUUACAAUUGUAUGUUGAUUAUUCACAUUUUAUUAGUUAUGUUUACAUCUUUCUCUUUUAUGUUUUCAGUAUUCUUCUUCAGCACCCUCUGAUAGGCCACAUGUAUUGUUCAUCUUCUUGAAUAUUUAAGAAUAGCUUUAUCGUUGUUAUUGUCGUAUCCAGUUCAAUAAAUCAUUGUUUUAUAACCUG